UCGAGGAAAACGAGAAGAUGGUUCCUCUUAAUCCCACUGCCAAAGCGAGAACGAAUAAACAAAGUAAAAUGCACGUACAGAAGGACGCUAGAUCAUCAAGCAUGCAGCCCAACGAGAACAAAAGCACUUUAGUGUUCCAGAACAUCUUCAACGGAACGCACAAACGUAACGAUAUUCAGAUGGUACACAGAUACAGUUCGAUCGACCCCCUGGCACAAUGAUGCGGCAUCAAGCCCACCCCCUCCUCUUUCGAGCUGUCAUCUGCCGACGGCCUUCCCCCUUGUGGCCUUGUCCCUCUUUACCACACAAAGAAAGCUCACCAAAGAAGCUCAGGGAGCCCCACUUCUCCAUGCCCAUUUUGAUCCAUCCUUAGCAAAACCCACACCCUCGUGUCCCUACGAUAACACUGAGGGUUUGUUUGGAUAACAGUGAAUUAGAGUGGAAUGGGAGAGAUAUGGGAGGGAUUGGAGGGGAAAUUAGUUCAUUUUAGACUCAAUCCCCUUCAUUCCACUCUAAUACCCUUCCAUCCAAACAAACCCUGAGGAACCAAACGCACUAGAAACUGGUAGAAUUUUGGCACCUCUUGCGUUCGAGCUCAGCCAUAUGUUAGUAUAUAUAUAUAUAACCUGCUUGAGCACCAUGAACUAGCCCAGGCAGAACAUACUGCCACUGCCACAGAUGGAUACCGCGUCCUUCGUCACCUACCUCCAGAGGCCCCGGGAGCUGCCGGUGCCGGAGUUCCGGGCGCCGCCGCCGUCCCCGGUCACUGGCGUCCUCACGGGCAGCAGCUCGGGGUCGUCCGGGUACGGGGAUGACGACGAGAUCGGUAGGUUCCUGCGCUGCUCCGCCAGGGUCCCGGUGCUGCGGCUGCCGGAGAGGCCCGGCCCUCGGAGGAACAAGAAGAAGCAGGCGGCGUGGGCGCCGCCCGUCAUCGACAUGCGCGUGCUGGACUCACCGCCGCCGGUGGAUGGAGGCGCGCCGGCGUUGGAGGCGCUGAGGUCGGCGGCCGUCGCGUUUGGCUGCUUCCAGGUGGUCGGCCACGGGGUCGACGCAGGUUUGGCCUUGGCAGCGUUACGUGCUGCUACGGCGAGGGAAGGAUCGCCACCAUCGGAGGGUGGUGGUGGAGACGAGGAUAGCGAGGAGCUGUGGUGGCCGCCCGGCGAAGGAGACCGAGAAAUGGCGGGAAAUCGGCCGUCGCGAAAUGGUGCUAGGCAAACCAGGAACACAGCAGAUGACUUGUUCGCUCAGCUCGAGCAAGCCUCAACCAAGCUCCUGCACGCCUUGCGACAAGGUAACGAAGCUGCCGAUGCCGCCGAGCCAAUGGCGAAAGCUGACGCAAACGGCUCGCUUCUCUGCAUCCGCAAACACCAACGCGAUGGCAGCAGCGCGUCCGGCCCGGUCAGCCAAGACGACGUCCUGCGGAUGCUGGUACGGAGCUCGCGAUGCUCGCGCGCCCUCGCCCUCCACCUCUGCUCCGGCGCCUCGGGGUUCCACGUCUUCUCCCGGCGAGGCUGGUCGAGGUUCCGGCCCGUCGACGGCGCCGUCGUGGUCACCAUCGGGGACCAACUCCAGACAUGGAGCGGAGGGCUCUACAGGAGCGUGUCUGGGAAACCGGCUUACAGCAACGACGAUCUCCAAGGAGACGGCAGCGACGGCGCCGUCACGGCAGAGUUCUUCCUUUCCUGCUCUUCAGUCAGCGCGGCAAAGGACGCCCUGAACGUGGACGCCGGCAAGGUCUUCGCGCUGAAUAUGCAGAUCAUGGUAGCAGCUUGCCUUGUGCUGAUUUACCAUUUCUUCUCCUCAUGCUUGUACGCGAUCUGGUAACAGUAACAGGCAAACAGCACAGCUUGUUUGCCACUGUUAGUCGCCUAAAAUGUCAGGAGAAAAGUACCAACCAAAUUCAGUUUCAGUUAUCGAAAGGAAAGUGUUAAUCAUA